UCGACCAGAGGCGGAACUACGUCACACCGCCGCAGAGCUCCACAUAAACACAGACGAAGGUCUGCAAAUUCACCGUCUGAGGGAAUUAGUGUUGUCAACUAGAGGAGAACCCCGAAAACCAGGCAAAGAACCAGGCAAAGACCCCGCAGCUGCACAGAGGAAGCAGCUGCCGCAGAGAUGCCUGAAACCGACAGUUACUCCAACCCUCUGGCUCCUGAAGGCCACGAUGUGGACGAUCAUCGAACGUCUGCUCAGUCCAAACUGACCAACGAUGACUUCAGGAAGCUGCUGAUGACACCGAGGGCGACGCCCUCCUCGGCCCCGCCCACAAAGUCCAGACACCAUGAAAUGCCGAGGGACUACAACGAGGAUGAAGAUCCUGCAGCGAGGAGGAGGAAGAAGAAGAGCUACUACGCCAAACUGCGUCAGCAGGAGAUGGAGCGAGAACGAGAGCUCGCCGAGAAGUACCGUGACAGAGCACGAGAGAGACGAGACGGCGUCAACAAGGACUACGAGGAGACGGAGCUGAUUAGCACCACGGCCAACUACCGAGCCGUCGGACCCACCGCUGAGGCGGAUAAGUCUGCAGCAGAGAAACGGCGACAGCUCAUCCAGGAGUCUAAGUUUCUGGGAGGUGACAUGGAGCAUACUCACUUGGUGAAAGGUCUGGACUUCGCUCUGCUUCAGAAGGUAAGAGCUGAAAUCACCAGCAAGGAGAAAGAAGAAGAAGAUCUGAUGGAGAAAGUGCAGAAAGAGAUCAAGAAGGACGUGGAGCCGGAGGAGAAGAUGGAGUUUAAGACUCGUCUUGGUAGGAACAUCUACCGUGUGGUGUUCAGGACCGGCGUUACCGAGAGGAAUGAGCUCUUCCUGCCCGGCAGGAUGGCCUACGUGGUGGACCUGGACGACGAGUUCACCGACACCGACAUCCCCACGACGCUGAUCCGCAGCAAGGCCGACUGUCCCAGUAUGGAGGCUCAGACCACUCUGACAACAAACGACAUCGUCAUCUCGAAGCUGACUCAGAUCCUGUCCUACCUGAGACAGGGGACCCGCCACAAGAAGAUGAAGAAGAGGGACAAAGGUAAACUGGAUGAUAAGAAGGCUCCGGAAGCUGAUCUCAGCAUCUUUGAGGACAUUGGCGACUACAUCCCGACCACCAACUCGUCCUCCAAGCCACCCAAAGAAAAGGAGCGACACCGGGAGCGGGACCGGGAGCGGGAGAGGGAGCGUGAACGUGAGCGUGAACGGGACCGGGAGCGUGAGCGGGAGGAUGAGGGGAAGAGCAGGAAACACAGCUACUUCGAGAAACCUCGAGUUGACGAGCACCAGGUGGUGGAUGUGGACACGGGUCCUGGGUCGGUCAGAGAUCAGAUCAAGAUGAUCAACGAGAAGUUUGCAGGAGCUGCAGGCACCCAGUGGCAGAACCAAGAACCUGGUUCUGCGAGGAGAGAGUCCGGGAAAGAACAACUGGGAGAUUUCUUCGGAGGAUCCAACUCGUACGCUGAGUGUUACCCUGCAACGAUGGACGACCUGGCUGUGGACAGCGAUGAAGAGGUGGACUACAGUAAAAUGGACCAGGGUAACAAGAAGGGUCCGCUGGGUCGCUGGGAUUUCGACACCCAGGAGGAAUACUCGGACUACAUGAACAACAAGGAGGCUCUGCCCAAAGCUGCUUUCCAGUAUGGCAUCAAGAUGUCUGAAGGCAGGAAGACGCGACGCUUCAAGGAGACCAAUGAGAAGGCAGAGCUUGAUCGACAGUGGAAGAAGAUCAGCGCGAUCAUUGAGAAGAGGAAGAAGAUGGAGGCUGAUGGGGUCGAUGUGAAGAGACCAAAAUACUGAAGACUUCCUGGAUGUUCCUUCUGUGCUCCUUCCUUGGUCGUAUUCCCUCCCCUCCUCCCCUGUUGCAUUCUCUCCUCUCCUUCCCCCAUCACCUUCCAUGGUCCUCUCCCUCCGUUUCCUUCCCUUCUCUCCUUUCCUCCCCUGCAGGAUCAAUACUGAUCCUUUUUUGUGUUUGAUUUCACUCUUUGUUAGUAAACGGAUCCUGUGAUGUGACGGCUGUAUUUUAUCAGAUCAUUAUUUCAUGUUAUUCCUCAUCUGUAGCUGUUCAGUAUUAUUGAUCGAUUUUCUUGGAUCAUUAAUCAAUAAACACCUGUCCUCCCAGUAAAACCAGUUGUUUAUUCGUCCAAACUGGAUCAAAGCUUCAGAAGCACCAC